AUUAGCAUAGGAUGCAAAACUAAGAAACUAAGCACGAAAUAGGUAUUUUCCUGAGCUCUUAGAGAUAAAGAAAAAGUGCAAAAACUUCGAAAGAAAAUGCCUUUCUCAAGAAUUUCGGUCGGAAGUCCGGCGGAGGCCAGCCAUCCAGAUACCCUGAAAGCCGCCUUAGCCGAAUUCAUUUCAAUGGUAAUUUUUGUAUUUGCCGGUGAAGGCUCUGGCAUGGCUUUUGCCAAGCUUACAGACGGUGGAUCGAGCACGCCGGCUGGCCUUAUUGCUGCGGCGAUAGCCCAUGCUUUCGCACUUUUUGUGGCAGUCUCGGUUGCUGCCAACAUUUCCGGUGGUCAUGUAAACCCUGCAGUCACCUUUGGUGCCUUUGUUGGUGGUCACCUAUCAUUGUUUAAAACUAUUUUGUAUUGGAUUGCCCAAUUGCUUGGAGCUAUUGUUGCAUGCUUGCUCCUAAAGUUCUCCACCGGUGGCUUGGAAACUUCCGCAUUUGCACUUUCAACCGGGGUAUCGUCGUGGAAUGCCCUUGUUUUCGAAAUAGUGAUGACGUUUGGCCUGGUUUACACAGUUUAUGCCACAGCAGUAGAUCCAAAGAGGGGUGAUAUAGGUAUCAUAGCCCCUAUUGCCAUUGGCUUCAUUGUGGGUGCCAACAUUUUGGCUGGCGGUGCCUUCGACGGUGCAUCCAUGAACCCAGCCGUGUCGUUCGGCCCUGCAGUCGUCAGCUGGACAUGGGACAGCCACUGGGUGUACUGGCUUGGCCCAUUUGUUGGUGCUGGAAUUGCUGCUAUUGUCUAUGAAAUCGUCUUCAUUAACCAGACCACUCAUGAACCACUCCCCUCCAGUGAGUACUAAGUUUAAACUAAGAAAAUCUGUCUUUGUAAUCAAGUUUGCUGUCUUUGUUGUCACCAAUCUGUCCUUUUUAAGGAAUCAGUUGUCGUCUCUUUGUUCAA